AUGGCCUAUAAUAACCAUUUCCAAUUUACGCCCCGGCAACCCGCACACUACCUGAACCACAAAGUCUCCGAUCUGUCGGACAGUCCGUACCACGAUGAGACGUCCCCUGCCGGAAUUAGGGGCCGGGAGUCCCUCGUGUCACUUCAGUCUGCCUACGAAUCUCCACACUUAGACGGCACGUCAGAUGGAAAUUCCUAUGGGCCAGGACCAUCUUGGUCACUGCCCUUCGUAGGAUCUGGAGGUGGGAGAUAUCAACCAGUGGCGCCUCCCAGCCGUUCUAACUCAACUUUCGGGCGUUACAAGAGCGUCCGUGUCAGACCCCAAGAUACAAUUCAUGAAGAUGAGAGUAUCGAUAUGUCCCUGCUCCGCGCAGCUGCGCCACUCGGACACUCUAGUCCGCACGACUCUGUCGCGGGUUAUGAGCCAGCAGUCGAUCUAUCUUCCUUCUCCGGGCCAAUGGGUCCUCAAGACCAAAAUUUCGCCAAAUCGUUACAAGCGAAGGAAGCUAGAGGCCACCUUACCGGGGGUAUAGGGGAGGGGAUGAGUCCGAUAGCAACCAUCAAGAGAGAACAGCUUAUAGCAAGCUCGCCGUCUCUUAAAAGGAGCUUUACCAGAUCUUUUUCUAUGAAGAGCGUGUCUAGUUCAAGAUCGAGGGCGGGAUUGAAGGAGCUGGGACAGAUUGAGGCCAAUAGGAGGGGAGACGUGAUAGAAGUUAUCAUGGAAGAACCUGCAGACUUGAGUACGAUGGUUGGGCCUAACGUAGUUGGGUCGGAUCCAAACCGUCGCCACUCGCAACUCCCAAGCAAGGAGAUGAAGACCGAGGUGUUUUAUCCACAGCCUAAUUGGAAACCGUUCUCUAUGAGGUGGCCAUAUAUAACGGGUUUAAUUCUCCUAUCCGUCGGUCUCGCCAUCGCCCAGGAGAUCCUAUUCCAGAGGUCUGCCGAGACUCCUCUCAUCAAAUUCCACAACGCCACUGAUCUCGGACCUGGCUACUAUUUUAUCUUCAAAUUUGUCCCAACAAUAAUUACUGUCACGUAUGGCGUGCUGUGGCAGAACACAGACUUCGAAGUCAAGCGGCUCGAGGCCUUCUAUCAGCUAUCAAAAGAAGGGGGAGCCCUAGCAGCGGAGUCGGUCAACGUUGACUAUAUCACCUUGUUCAACUUCACCCGGCCGUUUCGCGCCCUGCAGCGGAGACACUAUGCAGUGGCCACCUCAUCUUUGGCAACUCUUCUCGCCGUAUCCUUGGUCCCUACUCUUGGCGCAGCCGCAUUGGUCGUGGGGCCGGACCGGCAGGUACGGCUUUCAAACCCAGACGUCGAGAAGACCAUCACCAUGAGCCCUAUCCUAUCCCGUCUUCUAACCAUGACUUUCUUCGUCAUCGCAGUACUGGGGUGCGUGCUAUUCUACCAGCUUAAUACGCGACGCUCGGGCCUACUCUCAGAUGUCAAGGGGAUUGCAGGACUGGCGUCGAUGGCUGUCGUCAGCCAUAUCAUGAUGGAUUUCAAGGACAUGGACGUCGCCAAGCCAAAGGAUAUCCACCACAAGCUCAAGAAUAGACGGUACGCCUUGCGCAACUCGUCAUUGGUUCCCGAGGAUUUCGAACAGGUGUCCACGCUGGAAAGCGAUAGGUACAGGGACGCGCAUUUACCCGAGAAUCCGCACCCGCUCAUGCUGCGCGCUGAGGGCUGUAUACCCUUCAUAAUCGGGAUAUUGAUGUUCCUGGGUUUCAUACCAGUGUUUCUAUUUACGCCAGCUAGCGUGCUAACAAAUAAAGCACCCUGGGUCGUCACCCUGCUCGCAGUUAUUAUUAAACUGAGCUGGGGCAGCCUGGAGACAGCGAUCCGCAUGAUGGAGCCGUACUACAUCCUCUCGAAGCGGCACGCACCAGCCAAGACGCUGACCCUCGACUACACAGCCAUGCCAUUCGCAGUAGUCGCCGCGCGUGCGCUCUUCAACCGACACUGGAUGGUGUUCCUGGUUGGGGGGGCACCAUCAUGGUAG